AUGUUUCAAGGACUUGAAGUGAUGGACGCCGAAAGGCGAUCGAAAGUCCAGAAAUACUACCAUUUCAUUCAAUCCUCUGUCAAGCGGCUACAGUUUGUCACAGAGGAGACAGAGGGCCAGGAAAUCAAGGAAAUAAUUAGCGAACUGCUAUUAGUUGUGCCUAAAUAUGGCAUCAAUUUGGACCAGUUCAAUAUUCUGCUCGACAUUGUGCUGGAUACUACAAACUCAAAGAGAUUCACAAAUGCCACAAAGUCGCGUAUGGUGAAAUUGUGGGCCUGCUACGACUUAUUUGAUUUUGACAUCUUCUUGAAAAUCAUUGGAUCAUUUAGACUAUCUACAUUCUCGAACGAGGGAAAAACACUACAUCAAAAAGUCCAGUCAAGCUUGAGUAAAUGGCUCGUGUCCAAUUUCGCAAACUUUGAACUGGAUAAGAAUUAUCUUCGUGUGCUUCCAUUCUUGUUCAACAUGCUUCCAAUCGGUUACAUCAGAGCUGAUAUUUGCACAAUAAUAACUUACCUAUUGCAGAAGAGCUCUGAGAUUGACGAACACUACAACUUCAAAUACUUUUUGAACAUAUCAAAGCUCGGGUUCCUGGUGGAUCUCUAUCACAAAGACAAAGAUGUUAUCUCUUUGGUUCUUGUAAUCCAUAGCUACUUGGAAGCAGAUGACAACCUGCCUGCGUUUGACACGUAUCGAUACAAACUCUCUGAAAUCAUUGAGAAUGAAAAGGUGACAAAGCAUCCGUUCAGAUACGACAUCAAAGCCUUCACUUCGCUGCUCGAAUUAAAGACACAACAUUUCCAAUUCAUACUGGGAGCUACGUCUCUCGCGCAACUUUUACAAAGGGACCAGUUCCACACAUACUACUCGAAUAUGCAAAGUCUGGGUCAGAUGAUCGAUUUCCUCAACGAUCAGUACGCUAAUUCUGGUUCGGGUAGUCGCCAUAAACGGAGGAAACUCGACGAUAUCACUUUCGAUUACAGUACCAUAGAUAUCUUGGGGCCAGGAGCGAAAACUACAUGUUAUACGAUUGAAACAUACGUCAAGAAUCUGGAUACUGUCAGAAUCCCACAGCAGAUUGGUGUCCUGUUGUACCAGCUGGAUGAGUUCUCCAACCACAAGGAGCAAUCGCAGUUGGCUGCAUUUGCAACUCCAAAUCAGCAUCCAGGGUUUGGCACAAAGAUUCCGUUAUACAAUGCUCUGCUUCAAGUGGAUAAUCGCCAGCUCAAUAGUUGGAUCGAGCUGAUCUUGAAAGAUGACGAACAAACAUUGAAGUCGGAGUACGAGCCGAUGUUCAACGGACUGUUGCAACUGUGCCGGCACUCGCUGACGCUCAUAUCUGUUAUUGAGCGUCUCAUCACUAAAGAUCUAACUCUCAGCAAUGACAAUCUCGAGAUUGUUAAGUUUUAUGAAUUUUUCAGUUACUUGAACUACCAUCCAUGGUCCGAAUUCAAGCAGACCUACGAGCGGAUCGGAGUUCUAUUCAGGGACCCCGAAGCAUUUUCCCGUGUUGUUGAAUCGCUCGGUAACCUGAUCGAUAACUGGCAACUGAAACUUAUUGAUGCGGAAGAUUACGAGUUUUGGAAAACAGUCAACAAUCUAUUGGAGAAUAUCAUAUGGGACUUUUCGAGACUAUACUGUGGACAGCCAGAGUCUCACUUGGAAUGCAAGCUUGCUUUUGUGCAAUUCCUAAGCUUGAUGUACCGAAUUGAGCACAGGCACUUGAAGCUUUCGGUUUUGGUGCUUCCUCCAGCGGUACUGUACGACCUUUAUUUCUCGACAAACGCUAUUCUCGUUGACGCUAUGUGCUAUCAUGUCACAUUCUGCAAGACCUACUACGCUAAUUAUCUAUCUACCCAGCCUGACCAUGGGCCAAUCAAUUCGGAUCUGUCACACACAACAUUGAGCAUGCUCAAAAAUCUGCACAAUUCUUAUGUGAUGGACUUGUGCAACAUCCUAUGGAGAGACAAGGCGUUUGAUAAGAACGAGAAAUCGACUGCCAAGGGGUUCAUGCUCCCUACAGAAUUUUCGACCAAGCUACUCAAACAGCGGUACCACAACUAUGACUCAAGUAUGAGUCAGUCUGAAGACUACGAUUUUGACGCGAUGAAACGGGAUUUCAACGUAUUCUAUGCACCUGCAUACGCCUCAUUGAUUACCAAUAUUAUACGCCGGCUCGAAGACAAGGCAGGAACCGAGGUCCGUUUAGCCGGCCCCUUGAACGAGACAGAGUUUGGCAGACUCAUCAAUGGCACCGGCAGAUGGUUUGACCCAGAACUGGAAUACGACUACCUAAGACUAGAUAUUCUUGAUGAACUGGCUGUUGAUGGAUUGGGUGGGUUGCGCAGCUUACUUCACAGCUCCUUAAAAAGUCUUGCGAUCAAACUUGCGGAGAGAGCCAGAUAA